AUGUCAAAUAUACAGCCCGCAGCCCAAGGCACGAAAGAGACGGGGCUGCGCGUGCCCAGCAAUGGCAAGACAAUCUACCACCGCCCGCUCAACCGCACCAAGACGGCCGAGCUGAGCCAAGCGAGCUUCGCCUACCUGUUUAGUGAGAUGGUCACCUAUGCGCAAAGAAAGGUAAAGGGCAUCCAAGAACUCGAGCAGCGGCUCAACGAACAAGGACACCCCAUCGGCCUCAAGCUCCUCGACCUCCUCCUCUACCGCGAGCCGCCGCGCUCGCAGCUGCGCCCCCUCAGCAUCAUCUCCCUACUACACUUCAUCAAGCAGAAUGUGUGGCAGCACCUGUUUGGCCGGCAGGCGGACCGGCUGGAAAAGUCCAACAACCCCGACACGCCCGACGAGUACAUGAUUAUCGACAACGAGCCGCUCGUCAACCAGUACAUUAGCGUGCCGCGCGAGAUGAGUCAGCUGAAUUGCGCGGCGUUUGUGGCCGGCGUCGUCGAGGGUGUUUGUGACGGAGCGGAUUUCCCGGCCAGGGUGACCGCGCAUACCGUCGGCGAGGGGGACAUGUGGCCCGGCAAAACUGUGUUCUUGGUCAAGUUUAGGAGCGAGGUUGUUGAGCGGGACGGACUUUUAGCGAAGAGUUGA